CAACAAGAACUGGCCGAUAACCACCACCAAGAACCACCAAGAACCAACAAAACCAACUCCAAAAAAAAGAAUAAUAAUAUGAUGUCAUCUUCCAACAAACGAAACUUGCCCCAUCAAACCAUCCAACACAACACCACCAACCGAUCAUCCAAAGUCAAACCAACCAAACGACACGGUGAACCAGCCAUCGACACCUGGUCAAGGCUAUCAAAGGCAAUCACCGAGAUCCUCAACCACAAUGCAUCCAAACUAUCAUUCGAAGAACACUAUCGAUAUGCCUACAACAUGGUACUCUACAAGCAGGGCACAAAACUAUUCGUUGGGGUUCGUGACCUGGUAGCACACCAUUUGGACGAACAAGCCACCAGGCAGAUCGAGCCAAACUUCCCCUCACGAACCAACCCCACAACAAACCUAUUAUCUCAAACACUACCAACCACAACCACAACCACAACCACCGGAAAGGGCAAGGAGAAAGCUGUAGAUGACUCGGAUCUAUCACCACCAUCAUCGUCAUCAAACCAAACGGCUCAUCAGCUCCCCCUCGUCAAUGGUUCUGCUUCUGAAAGACUGAGCGUCAUCCAAUCCCAAGAGCGUUUCUUGAAAUCCGUCCGUGAAGUCUGGGAUGAUCAUGUAGCAUGCAUGAAAAAGCUACGUGAUGUACUCAAGUACAUGGAUAAAGUUUAUACGACUACCCCUGGAAAUGGAUAUGAUUCAAUGCCGACGGUCUGGGACCUAGGCCUCUACAUCUUCCUCACCCACAUCAUUCGAUCACCGAAAUACCCAAUCUCGUCACUCCUGAUCAGUGGGAUCAUCACCCUCAUCACCUCCGACCGACUGGGCGAUACCAUCAACUCAUCCGUCAUCCGCUCAGCAACUGAGAUGCUCACCGACCUCUCAAAUCAUUCCCCUGAGAUCAUCAAACGGAUCGAUGAUCAGAACGGCGGUAACGGCGGGGGUGAGGUCGGACAGAGUAUCUAUAAGACCGACUUCGAACCCGUCUUCCUCCUACAUAGCCGCGAAUUCUAUCGUGAGGAGGGCAACCGAUUGUUAAGCAAUGAUAAUGCUGCCCAGUAUCUCCUGAAGGUCGAAAAGCGGCUGAUCGAAGAAGAUAUUCGAUCACAAUCCUAUCUCCAUGAAACAACGGAAAAGAAGCUAACACAAAUCUUGAAUGAAGAGCUCAUCAAGUCACACGUCCAAGAUAUCCUCCAUCACCCCUCAUGCGGCUUGAAGGAACUGAUUCACAACGACUGUCGAAGUGAUCUGAAGCGGCUCUACCAGUUGUUCUGUCGCCUGGACGUCGAUGAUGGACUUCAGCUCUUGAAAGAAGGCAUUCGAGAUUGGAUCAAGGAGCGUGGCCAGCAGAUCAACGAUGGCACCGCCCCGCCGGCCUUGUUCUCACAAGCUGGAGGCGGCCCAGCAACGAGUGCCAAUCCAAGUACCGAGACUGCCUCUACCGGUGCCGCACCUGGGAACAGCGCCGCUCUCCAAUGGGUCACUAAUGUCAUCCAGCUCCGCGACAAAUUCAUCGGCCUCCUCAACGACAGCUUUGACUCUCACAUCCUCCUCCAAACUUGCAUCGACGAAGGCUUCAGCGGGUUCAUCAACUCUAAUAAACGCUCCGCCGAAUUUAUCAGCUUGUUUAUCGAUGACAAACUCAAGAAAGGCCUUAAAGGAAAGACUGAAGAAGAGAUUGAAGAACAACUGGACAAGACGAUUGCAUUAUACAGACAUUUGAAUGAGAAGGACAUGUUUGAGAAAUACUACAAGAACCAUUUAGCCAAGCGCUUAUUAUUCGGCAAAUCGGUCUCAGAAGAUACCGAGCGAAACAUGUUGAGUAAGUUGAAGAUCGAGUCGGGUAGUGCGUUCACUCGAGACUCGGAGGGGAUGUUGAAAGAUUUGAAGAUGUCGAACGAGAUGGCCAAGCUUUUCAAGGAUUGGUGUCAGAAGAACCAUCCGGGAAUUCAGCUGGAUCUGUCGGUGACCGUGGGAUCCUCGUCGAUGUGGCCGAUGUCUCAAGCCAACCAGAUGAACUACCAUCCGUCGACGGGUGGCUCUUCCUCGUCGGGCACUCCGGGGAACCGGUCGGCUUGCAUUAUCCCCAAGGUGCUCGAGGAUGCUAUCAAGGUCUACGAACGUUUCUAUGCUACCCGCCAUUCUGGUAGACGGCUCAAUUGGCACACCGAAUUGGGCAACAUGGAGAUCAAGAUCAGGUUCAAGAAAUCUACACAUGAACUCUCCGUCUCUACUUUUGCUGGCAUCGUUCUCUUGCUCUUUGAUGGCCAGGAUGAGAAUCGGAAAUUGAGUUAUGAAGAGAUCAAGACGGCGACGAUGAUCACAGAUAUGGAGCUGAAACGGACGCUGCAAUCGUUAGCCUGUGCGAAAUAUAAGAUCCUCACCAAGGAGCCACGCUCCAAGGAGAUCAACGAGAAGCUCGACACGUUCCGGUUCAACGAUGGGUUCACGAACCCGAUGAGUAGGAUCAAGAUCCAGACGGUCACCAAUAAGGUCGAGAACAAGCUCGAGCUCAAGGAGACUAGCGACCGGGUCGAAGAAGACCGACGACUUCACACCGAGGCUUGUAUCGUCAGAGUGAUGAAAACGAGACAGAGACUCGCGUACGUCGAGCUUAAUGUCGAAGUGGUCAGCCAACUUAGCAGACGCUUCAAACCGACCCCCGUCGUCAUCAAGACAUCGAUCGAGAAACUUAUCGAGAAGGAGUAUCUUAUGAGAGACCCUCAGGAUCGGAAAAUCAUCAUCUAUUUGGCUUAACCUACUUAAUCUGGAUGAUUGGUAUUCAAAUUAUGGGACAGAUUUGUGUCACAUUUUUUUCUUCUCUUUUUUUUGUUUGAUGUUCAUAUACAUGUGUCUUUUUUUGAACCAAACACAAAAGAGUAAGUUGGAAUUCUAUAUUUAUGUUUUUUUUGUAUGUGUAUGGUUAUUUGUCUAAGUGUGUGUGUGUGUGAGUGGUGGGAAACUUGAUCAUUAAAGAAAGAAAGAUUGAUUGAUUGAUAAGCCGAUCAAGAAAAUUUAUUUAUCUAUUUACAAUAUGUUAGAUAUAAUAUCAACACACUUAAUUAAUUACUUGACCUAACUCUUC